AUGUCUGGAGCACCUUACAUUGUUGUCUUCAAGGACGAUGUCACCAAGGAGCAGAUUGAUCAAUAUGUCAAGGAGGUACAGCAAGCCGGGGGUGAACUCAAAACACGCUUUGACGAAGAUGGAGGGAUUCUUAAUGGAUUCGCUGCUAAGAUUCCCGACUCUUACCUCCAGAGUCUUCAGAGCUUCACCGACGUAAUUUCAUACAUCGAACCAGAUGGUGUUGUCACCACUCAGUGA